AUGCUUCCGUUUAAGAUAUGGAUUUUGGAGACGUUCCCAGAGGGAAGACAGAUUUAUAUUCACACGCCGACAGAAUUGCCACGAAUGAGGUCGCGGAGUAGAAAAACACCAUUAUAUUGGGAUCAAUGUCGUCGAAUAAUCAACGUCUCUGUGCCUAAUAACCAGCUUCUUGCUGUCGUGGCAAACGAGACGGAGAUCAUGGGGCCGUUUUAUAUUUGCUAUGUAAAUUGGACUUUGAGCCAUAUAGAAUCUCCCCUAUGGCAACAAAGUUCACCACCUUUUUUUGCCUCACCUCCUCGAAGAAAAAGUACAAGUCGGAAACAUCCUCCACUGAAACGGCCACAAGUGCUUCUUCCUCGCACCAAAUUAGUCAUAUUUCAAGUGACAUAUCAGCAAGUUUGGUAA